AGCCAUGGAAGUGGGACACCUGCCCCGCCCCACCUGCCUUCCUUCUGUCCCUGCUUUGGGCCCAGCUCCAUGCAUUGCUUCUUGCGACAGACCCUGAGAGACCUGGCUUUGGUUUCAGUCCUGAAUGGGCAAGGGAGCCUGGGGGAUGAGAGCAGGAAGUUGGAUACUGCCUUAUCUGGGCCCAUUGUGGGGAGAAGUGGGCUGAGGGCCCACACAGGGGAGGGAUGGACCACACAGGCCCUCGGUUUGAUUCACCUUCCUUCCUCAUCUCCCUGAUCACCUCUUGGAAAUGGCUUCCAGGAGUCGCCUUUAUUUAUUUAUUUGAACUCUCUCUCUCUCCUCUGACCUCUUCCCACCACCCAUAUCGGUCGUCCCUGGGUUUCUGUCUUUUCUGUCCUUCUCUGCUCCUUUCCCUCUCUGGGUCUCUCUCUGGGUCUCUGUCUCUGUCUCUGUAUUUGUAUGCUUCCUUUCUCCCGCUCGGCUGCCAUCUCCGUGUUUGCUUGCUUUUCUGGGUGACUCUCCUGCGUCUCUGUUCACGGGUGGCUCCCAGGUCUUCGUCUUCCGACACGGGGAGCCGCAGCAGCGAGCCGCUGCCCCCGCCCCCGCCGCACGUGGAACUGCGGCGAGUGGGCGCGGUGAAAGCGGCGGGGGGAGCCUCGGGGAGCCGCGCCAAGCGCAUCUCUCAGCUCUUCCGGGGUUCGGGGACCGGGACCACCGGAUCUGGCGGCGCUGGAGGACCCGGGACUCCAGGGGGCGCGCAGCGCUGGGCCAGCGAGAAGAAGCUGCCAGAAUUGGCAGCGGGCGUGGCCCCGGAACCCCCUUUGGCGUCCCGCGCCACUGCGCCCCCGGGGGUCCUAAAGAUCUUUGGCGCGGGCUUGACGUCGGGUGCCAACUAUAAGAGUGUGCUGGCUACGGCGCGCUCCACAGCGCGGGAGCUGGUGGCUGAAGCGCUGGAGCGCUAUGGGCUGGCCAGCAGCCCCGGCAGCGGCCCUGGCGAGAGCAGCAGCGUAGACGCCUUCGCGCUGUGCGACGCGCUGGGCCGACCGGCCACGGCCGGCAUGGGCAGCGGCGAGUGGCAGGCGGAGCACCUGCGCGUGCUGGGCGACUCGGAGCGCCCACUGCUGGUGCAGGAGCUGUGGCGGGCGCGGCCCGGCUGGGCGCGGCGAUUCGAGCUGCGCGGCCGCGAGGAGGCGCGCCGCCUGGAGCAGGAGGCCUUCGGGGCCGCGGACAGCGACGGCACCGGCGCCCCCUCGUGGCGGCCACAGAAGAAUCGCUCCCGUGCAGCUUCUGGUGGGGCCGCACUGGCCAGUCCUGGUCCUGGGUCUGGAUCUGGGGUCCCCGCUGGAUCUGGGGGCAAGGAACGCUCGGAGAACUUGUCCUUACGGCGCAGUGUGUCAGAGCUGAGCCUGCAGGGUCGGAGAAGGCGGCAGCAGGAACGCAGGCAGCAAGCACUUAGCAUGGCCCCAGGGGCAGCUGAUACCCAAAUAGUACCUGCAGACCCUGGGGAUUUUGAUCAGUUGACUCAGUGCCUCAUCCAGGCCCCCAGCAAUCGCCCCUACUUUCUACUGCUCCAGGGCUAUCAGGAUGCCCAGGACUUUGUGGUGUAUGUCAUGACAAGGGAGCAACACGUUUUUGGCAGAGGCGGGACCUCCUCAUCCCGCUGCGGGUCCCCGGGCCCAUACGUGGACACUUUCCUCAAUGCCCCUGACAUACUGCCACGCCACUGCACAGUUCGUGCGGGCCCUGAGCCCCCAGCCAUGGUGCGCCCUUCCCGUGGAGCUCCGGUUAUGCACAACGGGUGUCUUCUGCUGCGGGAGGCCGAGCUGCACCCAGGUGACCUGCUAGGGCUGGGCGAGCACUUCCUGUUCAUGUACAAGGACCCCCGCACUGGGGGUUCUGGGCCGGCAAGACCCCCCUGGCUUCCUGCUCGUCCCGGGGCCACACCCCCAGGCCCCGGCUGGGCCUUCUCCUGCCGUUUGUGCGGCCGCGGUCUGCAAGAGCGUGGGGAGGCGCUGGCCGCUUACCUGGACGGCCGGGAGCCGGUCCUGCGUUUCCGACCUCGCGAGGAGGAAGCACUGCUGGGCGAGAUCGUGCGGACAGCGGCCUCUGGAGCGGGAGACCUGCCACCGCUGGGGCCUGCCACGCUGCUGGCGCUAUGCGUGCAGCACUCGGCCCGAGAGCUGGAGCUGGGCCACCUACCGCGCCUGCUGGGCCGCCUCGCCAGGCUCAUCAAGGAGGCCGUCUGGGAAAAAAUUAAGGAAAUUGGAGACCGUCAGCCAGAGAACCACCCUGAGGGGAUCCCCGAAGUGCCCCUGACUCCAGAGGCUGUAUCUGUGGAGCUGCGGCCACUCAUGCUGUGGAUGGCCAACACCACUGAGCUGCUGAGCUUUGUGCAGGAGAAGGUGCUGGAAAUGGAGAAGGAGGCCGACCAGGAGGGUCUAUCCUCAGACCCACAGCUCUGCAAUGACUUGGAAUUAUGUGAUGAGGCCAUGGCCCUCCUGGAUGAGGUCAUCAUGUGUACCUUCCAGCAGUCUGUCUACUACCUCACCAAGACUCUUUAUUCAACACUGCCUGCUCUCCUGGAUAGCAACCCCUUCACAGCUGGUGCCGAUCUGCCUGGGCCUGGUGCAGAGCUGGGGGCGAUGCCUCCAGGGUUGAGACCUACACUGGGCGUGUUCCAGGCAGCCUUGGAAUUGACCAGCCAGUGUGAGCUGCAUCCAGAUCUUGUGUCUCAGACUUUCGGCUACUUGUUUUUCUUCUCCAAUGCAUCCCUUCUCAACUCACUGAUGGAACGAGGUCAAGGCCGACCUUUCUAUCAGUGGUCCCGAGCUGUCCAAAUCCGAACCAACCUAGAUCUUGUCUUGGACUGGCUUCAGGGGGCUGGGCUAGGUGACAUUGCCACUGAGUUCUUCCGGAAACUCUCCAUUGCUGUGAACCUGCUCUGUGUGCCCCGCACCUCCCUGCUUAAGGCUUCAUGGAGCAGCCUACGAACUGACCACUCCACCCUGACACCUGCUCAGCUCCACCAUCUGCUUAGCCACUACCAGCUGGGUCCUGGCCGCGGGCCACCACCGGCCUGGGACCCUCCCCCAGCAGAGCAGGAUGCUGUGGACACAGGCGACAUCUUCGAAAGCUUCUCCUCUCACCCGCCCCUCAUCCUGCCCCUGGGGAGCUCACGCCUGCGCCUCACGGGCCCAGUGACAGACGACGCCCUGCACCGUGAACUGCGCAGGCUCCGUCGCCUCCUGUGGGAUCUUGAGCAGCAGGAGUUGCCAGCCAAUCACCGCCACGGACCUCCCGUAGCCUCGCCUCCCUGAAGACCAAUAGCAAAGGAGCGCGCGAACCUUGAAAAUUCUUGGGCUUCUACUCACUGGAGACCGCCUGAACGAAGAGCUUUCUGGGAGUUGUAGUUCCCGUCCCCGCGCGGAAAGCUGGGAGUUUGAAUUUUGGGGUAGUAACAGGAUGAGACGGGGGAGGGGGGGAGAGAUGGGUUUGGGAUGUUAGUGCCAAGGAGCAAUAAAUGUAUCUGUGACUUUG